GAAUCCAGACACAGGGAAGGAUAGUGAGGACUGAGGCUAUAUUUGAACUGAAGUAAUGCAUAUUGUGGACACUAUUUGAUUGUAAUAAUUGAUACAUAAAAUACAUUCUGUUUUCUGGAAUGAAAAAUACAUAAGGAAUUGAAGGAAAUGAAUUAACACUAGAAUUAUUGGACAAUCUCAUACCUUAACUGCCAUCAGAUUAAGACUUGUUUUAAAUUGACUGAUUUUGCUCUUUGAUGAAUGCUUGCUUUGCUCAUUGCUGUUUGAGGUUAGUUGUGCACGCCUUGAGCCAACCCACAACUUCCUUUUCAAAAAGCCAUAACAAAACCUUGAUUACUUUUUCAGGUAUUUUCCUCUCUCUGUGUGCAUCUAUUUCUUACUUUCUCAUACAUAAACUGUGUGAAUUCUCCCAUUUUUUGUCACAACAAAAUCUUGUAUCCUGAGAAAGGAUCUACUGCUAACCUGGAAUUCUAGAUACAGACUUGGAUUGUUCCAGCUUGACUUGGCCAAGCAUUGAGCACUGACUUGGAUUGGACAUCUGAUUGUGAGAUGAUUUCACUUCUGUUCACCCUUGUGGUUUACAACAUAGCUUUUGGCUUCACAAAAGUCAUGGAAGUGACCCAGCCAGCAUUCAUAGUGGUAAAGAGACUAGAGGCCGCCCACUUUGUGUGUGAAAUCAAGAAUGUUGGCAAUGCUGAAGACUUAAAGGUAACUUUACUUAAAGAAGAAGACAAUGAGUCAACUGAGAUCUGUGCCUCAUCCUUUACUAGUACUGGGAUCACACCAUGCAGCAAGAAGGAUAAUACCAGAUGCCAAUUUUAUCCUGGUCAUGACAGGGUAAAUGUAACACUUUUGGGUCUACAGUCAAGUGAUGCUGGUUUGUAUGUUUGCAAGAUUGAACGGAUAUACCCUCCACCGUACUACCCAGUCAAAGGAAAGGGGACCCAGCUCUUUGUCAUUGAUGUAGAUUCAUGCCCAGAAAAACAUCUCUAUCUUUGGAUCUUAGUACCAGUAGCUUCUGGGUUGCUUGGAUACAGCAUUUUAAUCACGAUCUUCAUUAUGAGAAAGGUGGUCAGAAAAAGUUAUUUUUCUCCAGGGGCUUAUGAGAAAAUGAUACCAAUGUAAUCAGAAAGAAGGAACUUCAGUGGAAAAAGAAAAAAAAAUGACUUCUAUGAAGUGUCAAUGAAGAGAAUGAAUUUCCUAAUAGCUAGGAAUGUAAUUAUAAUUUCCAGAUUGGAUAGUGAAAGGGAAGACAAUGUAUUAAGAUAAAAAAUGCUGAAAUUACACAACAAA